CCCCCCUAACAGAAGCAGGGCGGUGGACGGCAUAGACAGAGCACAGGGUGUGAACACACUGUCUAUAGAGCCAUCUCAUCCUCCCAGCUCCCCACGGGCACACAUCAUAGGCGGCUCCAGCACGAAGAUGUCCAACCGAGCGCUGUGCAGAGAGGCGAGCCAUGCUGGGAGCUGGUACACUGCCUCAGGACCUCAGCUAAGCGUCCAGUUGGAAGGUUGGUUGUCCCAAGCACAGACCUCUAAAAGGCCAGCUCGAGCCAUUAUUGCACCUCAUGCUGGUUAUACCUACUGUGGAUCCUGUGCUGCUCAUGCCUACAAGCAAGUAGACCCUUCCAUAACGCGAAGAGUUUUCAUUCUCGGUCCUUCCCACCACGUGGCUCUUUCUAGAUGCGCACUUUCCACUGUGGAUAUAUAUAGAACACCUCUUUAUGACCUUCAUAUUGAUCAGAAAGUUUACGGAGAUCUGUGGAAGACUGGGAUGUUUGAGCGAAUGUCUCUGCAAACAGAUGAAGACGAGCAUAGCAUUGAAAUGCAUCUACCUUACACUGCUAAAACAAUGGAAAGCCAUAAAGAUGAGUUUACCAUUGUUCCUGUGUUGGUUGGAGCACUUAGCGAAUCAAAGGAACAAGAAUUUGGGAAACUUUUUAGCAAAUACUUAGCAGAUCCAUCUAACCUCUUUGUAAUUUCAUCAGAUUUUUGUCAUUGGGGUCAACGUUUUCGUUAUACAUAUUAUGAUGAAUCUCAAGGAGAAAUCUGUAGGUCAAUUGAAAACUUAGACAAAAUGGGUAUGAGUAUUAUAGAAGAACUAGAUCCUGUGCCAUUUAGUAAUUACUUGAAAAAGUAUCAUAAUACUAUAUGUGGAAGACACCCCAUUGGGGUUUUAUUAAAUGCUGCAACAGAGCUUCAGAAGAGCGGAGUUAAUAUGAGCUUCUCAUUCUUGAACUAUGCUCAAUCUAGCCAGUGCCGAAGCUGGCAGGACAGUUCAGUGAGUUAUGCUGCUGGAGCACUUGUGGUGCAUUGAGCCACUGAACACUCAGGGAUGCCACCUGGAAACACAAUGCUGACACAACCUUUUCUUUCUGUCCAUGGGGUCAUAGCCAAGCAGUAGCACAGUAUGGCUCUGCUCUGUGGGUUACUAUGAACCUCAACCCAGUUCAUAUCUCCUUUCUUCUUUUCCUUUAGGUGUAGUCCUAUCUUGUUUUUUUAUUUUUAUUUUUUUCCUUUUUGACACCAUUAAAUACAGGAUUUGCUAUCUUGGUUAUGGUAUCAGAAUUAAACUUGUGUCAAAAUGUUUGUAAACUUGGAGACUGAAAAUUCAAAACUGGUGGCAGAUUAUAAAAUGUUAGUUAUGUGGAAUAAGUUAAUCUUUACCAUAACAUGAAUUUGCACUGUGCAGAUAUGUGCACAUGUACUCAGCUUUCAGAAUAGUUUUGCAACUUGUAAAACAAUAUUAUAAAAAAUAAAUAAAGGGUGAAAGCUUUUUAUUUAAAAAAAAAAAAGCGUUUAUAAAUUAUCCUUUAUCCUGUAUUAGACUAUAAUACAAUUCAUGUAUAGUCUGUUGUUACCAGUGUUGUACAACAAA